CAAAUCAAGCCUCUUUUUUUUUUAUAGAUAUUUCGACUCGUGACAACAUAAUUACAUUCGUUUCAGUCUUUCAGCACAACCUUUCACUGAGAAACAAAACAAAUAAAUAAAUUAAGUUGGUGUUUAAGCCAAAAGCUAACAAUUCACAAUGUUUUUAUAUAACUGAAAGCAUAUAAAGUCUGCAUUUUGAGGGCCAAAAGACAGUUGUGGCUUGUGCCUUAUCGCGAUCAUUAAAUAAUGAUUGAAUUAAAAGUGCUUUUGUUUUACGGUAUACUGUUCAUUUUGAUUGUGCAAGGAGAUUGCAGUGUGUCAGUUCCAGUUUUAAAAAAUAAUGAUCUCAUUGAAGCCCAGUCGCUUGGAAGAAUUGUGAACAGGCCAAUCAACAAACUGGGCCCAGAAGAACGCCCUGUAAAUGAUAUAACUCGAGCCUCAAGUAUUGAUAGAGGGUAUCCAUCGGAUGCAUCUCAAGUGGGUGUCAGUGAAGAACCAAAAAUAAACCAAAAUCCUCCUUCGGCAACCAGCAAUGGACAUGCAACCUACAUGAGCAGCCAAUCGACCCACUCAAGCCAAUUCUCAGUGCAAAUCCAAAGUCCAAUAGUGACCCAGCAUGUUCAUUACCACUAUCUGGUGCCCAAUGUUCCCUCGAGUUCCCCCAUAAAUUAUGUAUCGCAAUCGGUUUCGAACGCCCACAGUGAAAAAACACAAAAUACAUACUCGCCGCCUUUUGAUUCCACGCAUAGAAAUGUACUAUAUGGAAAUAAGGGGGAAAGUCUACUGUACUUGCCCGCGAAAACUAAUGGAUACCCUUCCGACUCCCCAGAUGAGUACCAGGUACAGGCAUCAGAAAAUAAUUCUGUAUACGCACCGGUCGCAAAUCAGCAGGGAGAACUUCUUAAAGGGGAAGAUCAAAAACGCGAAGAGGCUGCCCCAAUCCAAACAAAUCCUCCGGAUGUGUACUUUAUACAGUACAAGGGCAAUAAAGAUCUCCAGGCUACCAGCACACCUCUGCCAUAUAAUCACAAGGAAUCGUCGGAUGCUACAUUUGAUGGGAGUGGUCUCAUAGAUAUUAGAUCCGGAAAAGACGAAAAUACCACAACCAGUCCCACGGAAGAUCCAGAGUCAAUUACUGCUCGGGUAUACUCGGCGUAUGAUGUUCCGCUGUGUUAAAAAAUGAUCAGCUUUAAAUUGUAUUUAAUUUUAAAUAGCCUGUGUAUU